AUGUAUACGGUAAAGGAAUGUGAUGACGUGGCAAGAGGCUUAAAUGAAUAUGACGGAAAUGAUGAUGGAUCAGAGGAGGAUUUUAUCGAAGGGAUGUGUGUCGUCGAGGCUUCCAAGCGUCGAUUGGGACAAAUGUACGUUGAGGCUUCCAAGCUUCAACUUGAUGUACUCACGAUCGUCUCGAUAAACCCGUCAGAUUCGAUGUUUCCAGCGUUCCGACCAAUAUCUAAGUUCCGACCAAGAUCUAACGUUUCUAAUUGUGGCCAAGGGGGAACCCUAGAGGGGCCGAAACAGGUAUAUGUCAAGCGUGUGAUUUAUCGGCAGGAUAUGAGUGAACUCUCAAUAUAUCUGGGUUUGGUCUCGGAAUAUGCAAAUCUCUACCCUUCCAUCAUCAAUACGCCAAACACAGCCGUGAGCCACGACCCCCAAGAACCUAGUGAGGAUCGAGCGUAUGCUGGUUUAUCGGGCGGACGUCAAGGGCGACCGGAAAAGCUAGUUCAGGUCGGUCACACAUCUGGGAGAAGUGGAUGCAAUGACUCUUCAUGUUCACAUUCAGCCGCUUCCGAGAUCAAGAGCGGUCUCUCUCUGACUAUCCCCCCAGCAUGGAAAUCAUCCCGCCGGACCAAUGAACCCGACAGUACGGAUGACAUUACGACUGCUGUGGUAGAAGAUGAUGGUAACAAUAACGACGGUGUCUCUUCAUUCCCACACUCGUCCGCUGAGAACGCUACUCACCACUCCCCAUCUUUCUUGACCGACACUCAGCUCUCUGGACCUCCCGCCCACACACCUAUCACGACGUCACUCAUCGAACAGCAGCCUUCUACUGCCUUAUCAUCCCCCAGAGGCUCUCGAUCGGAUCUAGUUCAAAAAUCUUCCAACGCCUUCAUCUUAGACGCCCGCACCCUACGGCAAUCACCGAAGGACGGCGAUUUCACGAUGGCAUACGGGACCGACAUCGUAGAAGAGAAAGCGGUACGUAGGAUGAGGUCAUGGACAUCCAUUGUUCGACGGUUUACUACAUGCUGUGUCAGGGAAUGCGGUGAUGGAUUAAAUCGGUGUAUUACUAAUACGUGUGAAAAACGGCCGGAUCAAACGAAAUCAUAUCAAAUCGAAACCCGCGGUCUCGGGGAUCCGUGGGAUCGUGAGAAGGAGUCUUUUCUAGCACUGCCUUCACCGGUCUUCUUCGAGGAUAAUCACACAUUCCUCCAUUGUCCGUGGUGGGGUCGCGGGUUCUGA